AUGCCUUGGCAAAAGACUUUUACGCUCGCUUCAAGAGGCAAAGGCUGCCACUUGGUCACCUCGGAGGUGGUCAAACAGAUCGAUGAGGGUCUCAGGAAGACGGACGUAGGGAUCUUGAAUUUGUUCAUCCAGCACACUUCUGCCGGCUUGUCUCUGAACGAGAACUUUGAUUCAGACGUUCGAAAGGACAUGGAGAUGGUGUUUGACCACCUUGUGCCCCAAUCCUUGCCGUACAGGCACACUGACGAGGGACCGGAUGACUCGCAAUCGCACAGUCAGUCGGUUCUUGCAGGUAGCAGCAUCUCCAUUCCGAUCUCGCACGGCAAGCUUGCCACGGGUACUUGGCAGGGCAUCUAUCUAAUGGAGUUCAGAGCUGCAAAGCACAGCAGAAACAUUGUGGCUACCAUCAUUCCAUGAGGUCACAUUGGUCCAAUCAAGUAAUCUGAUGCUUCCUAGGUUGCUUGUUCGCACGCUGAUGUUCGAAGAGAGCGACCUCACGCUCCACAUCGUCACGGUUCCGGUCGCGUCUCGUGUCGCAUCGCGUAGUCGUGAGUUCGAUUUCUCUGCUGCCCGAUCUCGUCUUUCUGCCAGCUUGAGCGAGGCCGCGUCUGCGAAUUGUGAUUGUAUCACGUACACUCGCCACCCUUCAAAUCGGGUUAGGCGCCCGCCCAUUAUCUGCAGGAACCAGCUACCCGAGGUCUCUCAAGGGAGAAGUCUGAAAGCGACAAGAUGGGCUCACCGCCCACGGCAUCUUUAACAAUGCUCUUGCAUUGAUUGCCUGGGAUUCUCGCGACCUGUACGAAGGCGUCUUUGUUCCGCUCGAUGAAGCUGUCCUUACUGCGCAGCAAUACUUCCCUCCAGACUCAGUCAACAUUUGUGUCU